AUGUCGAGUGCAGUUCAAGUAAAUGCAAGACCGAGGAAUGCAAAUGGAUAUAUUACAGUCCGCAAGGUCCAACUGCAAGAGAGUGUCUUGAGACCACUUUUUGGCAUUCGCCAGGAAGAUGCUGCACAAUACUUGGGUGUCUCGCUUUCAAGUCUCAAGAGCGCGUGCAGAAGGCUUGGGAUCAAACGAUGGCCCUAUACUAGAAGCCGCAUUGACUCACCUGCUAGCCCUAUGGAUUCUCCAACAGUUGCUAGGCAGGACGUGCCAGAAUCGAGCGAAGCUGGAGAAUCUGCCGCACUUGCAUGUUCUGGCGGCUGCACGGACGGGGGCCACCAAGACCUCAAUUUCGCAAUAGAGGGAGAUGACGACCACAGAGACGAAAUCUCCAGAAUUGAUCUCGAAUCUACUUUAUACGAUCAACGAUUCAUUUUUUCUAAGGAAACUACAGUAAUCGCUCAUGACAAGACGGAUGCGACUCAGAAUAUCUCCGAAAUCCGAACUGAUGCGAACGAAAUCACAGAAGCAAACGAAAUACAAGCAUUUUUGUGGGAGUCCAGCUCUCAUGGCAUCGAGGCUACCUGGCUUGACUGGAUUUGA